AUGAAUUCUUUAACUUUAAGGUUUAAUGAUUCAGAAUUUGAGAGACAUUACAAAAUAUCUCGAUAAAUUUUGCUACACAAAUCCUUAUUUCAGCAAAAGAUACUAUUAAUGUUAUUAUUAACUUUUUAGAUUGCAGAUAAUGCUCUAAAUGAGUCUUGGGUUGAAUUAAUAUAUAAUACCAUUGGAUUAAUAAUUAUAUUAUUAAGUCACUAUUUCAGAUUCUAUUUAAGGGAAUUCCAAGAACUUUGCAUUUUGAUUACCAUUUUAAUCUACAAUAUUCAGUAACCAAUAGAUUUACUUUUAAGAGGCAGAUUAACAAAUAAUUACUUUUCUAAUGGCUAUUUUAUAUCUUUAGCUACUCUUGGGUAUAAAUAAAUUAUUAUAAAGAGUUAUCUAAUCUAUGGAUUUUAUAAAAAAGUUAACUAUUGUAAUUAUUAUCUUGAUUGUUCAUUUAAUCUCCAGUAUUUAAACUGAUUUAUCUUGGAGAUAAUUAAUUAUUUACAUCAUUUCAGAUGUAUUAAUAGUAUACUAUUUUUAUUAAUCUGAAAGAGAAUAACGAAUUACUUAUAUUGGAAUCAAAAAUAAAAAUAUUAUUGAAGAACAUUUUUAUAAAGAAAUGGAUCUAUAAUCUUUUAUUGUUCAUUACAAUAAUUAAUAAAAUUCAUUUAAUCUAAUUGAGUAAAAUUAAAAUAAAGAAAUUAAUGAUGAAACUUAAUUCAAUUUUAUUUAAUUAAUACGAAAAAUUAGAGUUAUGGUUGGAUAUUAAGGAACUAAACUUUCAGAAUUCUAUUCUUAAGAAUAACUUAAUAUAUGUAGAAAAUUAAAUCUUGAGUAAUUUCUAUUCUAUUUAUUUACUAAUGAAGAAAAAUUAUAAUAUUUAAUCUACAAUAAAUCUAAAACUUAAUCUUAUUAAUUAAUUGGAAUUAUUGAUUCUGAUGUCAAUCAUAUCAAAUUAGUUAAAACUUUUGACACUGAACCUUGUGUUAUAAUUCUUAUUAAAUAAAAUAAAAAAGAAGCACAAAAAUAAUAAAUUAAACUUAAACUCAAAAUAGCAAACAAACUAAUUGAUUAGGCAUUUCAAACAGUUCAAUAAUAAUUGAGAUUAUCACUUAUUUAUUUAAAAUAAUUAUUAAACUGUCAAAUCAAUCAAUAGAUUAAAAAACAAAAUUUCGAUAUGAAUUUGUUAAUUAAAUUUAUUAAUAGCAAAGGAAUAAAAGUUUACAAUGAUUUAAACAAUAUUUCAGAUUUUCAUGAUAUUAAUGGUAAAUUCAACAAAAUAGAGUAAACAUAAUUCGAUAUUGAAAAAACAAUUUAAGAAUGCAUUAUGGUAAUCAAAUAUUAUAAUGUUAAACAAAUAAUAACCCUGAAUUUCUAUUCAAAACUAAAAAAAAAAUAGAUCUAUUCUGAUUAGAAAAAAAUUAAAUAAUUAAUAUUAAAUAUACUCUUUUUUCUUUGCAAAACUUGUUAGAAUAUUCAAAUAAAUUUGAUUGAAGAUAAUAACGAAGAAAAUAAUAUUAAUGAAACUGUCAUAUAAAUUGAUAUAUAAUUUCAAGGCAAUGCUCUUAAUAAAGAAAAGCUUGAUAAUUUACCAAUUAUUAAUCCAUAAAAUAUAGAAGAAUUAAAACAUAACAAUAAUAAAUAAUUAGAACUCGAAAUACCUAUUGCCCUAAUGAUUGUUCGAUAACUUGGGCCAUUUAAUUAAAUUUAGUUUAAAUAAGGAGCGAAUCAAAUCAAUUUUAUUAAGUUUUACAUUUUUUAAGAACUUUAAGAGUUUAAUUUGGUACCUAUUAUUUCUCUUUAUCCAAAAUAAUAUUUAAUAACUCAUUAAAAAUUUGCUAAAAAACAAUCUUAGACUUAUAAAAUUUCAGAUUUACCUAAUAAGUCUGUUGAAAUAUAAAUGAACACUUUUAGAAACUUAAAUGAUAAAAUUAUUACUAGAUUCUGA